AUGGUGUCCAUGCUCACUAAAACUUGUCAAAUUUUAUUUCAGAAUGGUGUUGAGAUUCAUCAUCAAACAGAAAUAAAGAAAAAUAUGUCAAGCCCUACAACAUUCAUCCUUCUGGGAUUUGGUAAUCUCCUUGAACUGCGAAUCUUCCUCUUUAUAUUGUUUUUUGCCAUCUAUGCUUUGUCUCUUGUUGGGAACCUCCUAAUUGUUUUUCUGGUUGUGUUUGACCAGCAUCUUCAAACCCCCAUGUACUUCUUCCUCAUAAACCUGUCCUUCUUGGAGACUUGCUACAUUUCAACCAUCCUCCCCAGGAUGCUGGUCAGUUUCCUUACUGGGGAUAGGUCCAUAUCCAUUAUGGGAUGCAUCACACAAUAUCAUUUCUUUGGUUUCUUGGCAGCCACGGAAUGCUGUCUUCUGGCCAUGAUGUCCUAUGACCGGUAUUUGGCAAUAUGCAAACCUCUGCACUACUCAACCAUUAUGAAUGGUAGACUUUGCCUCCAGUUAGCAUUCGCUUCUUGGAUAACUGGCCUGUUAACCAACACUAUCAUAACAUCUCUCAUGGUAGAGCUCACAUUCUGUGGGCCCAAUGAAAUUGAUGAUUUCUUUUGUGAUGUAUAUCCAGUGGCAAACCUUUCUUGUAGCAAUACUCACAUAGUAAGAACUGCAGUUUUUAUACUAGGGCUGAUGGUAACAUUACCCCCUUUUCUACUAACUUUGGCCUCCUACAGCUGCAUUAUUUCCACUGUCUUGCAAAUUAAAUCCAAGGUAGCACAGCAAAAGGCCUUCUCCACCUGCUCUUCUCAUCUGAUUGUUGUGUCACUUUUCUAUGGGUCAAUAUUCCUUGUCUAUAUAGUCCCUGAAACAGAAACACUGAAGAGACUACACAAAAUGUUUUCUCUGUUCUACACCAUCCUGACUCCCAUGUUGAACCCCCUCAUAUACAGCUUGAGAAAUAAGGAGGUGAAGGAAGCUCUGCUCCGAUCUGUCAGAAAAUUCAGCAGCAGAGUUUUGUAG